ACACCUCAUAGGCUGAGAAAGAAAACGGAUUAUUAUUAUGCUUUGCAAGUUUUCAUCAUGGUUGCUUGAGGAAAAGGCCAGCGAUUCUUGACCCCAAAGUCAUCACAUUAUUAAUUACAAGUUACAACUGAAGAUAAUGGGGGGAUUUGGGAAUGGCAUGAUGGUUAUUUAGAGAAGGUUUAGUGUUAAUUAGGAGUGGAAAAGGCUGCUAAGAAGUGAAACUGCCUCGAAGUGAGAGCAGCACCCACGCGUACUGCCCAUACAUUCGUUAUGUGGGCGGCAUACGGACAAAGUUUAACGUGAUCACAACCCUGAGCACCCUCUCUCUUAUAUGUGUUUCGAUUCUCAGGUCUCUCUGGAAUCUCUCUCCUUUGGAUCAUCUGAUUCAGUUUAUUUUAUUUUUGGCCUUUAUCGGCAAGGAAGCCAGGCGGAAACGACACUUCUUUCUUUACUAUUUAUUUCCGUUUUCUGCUUUCCAUCCUCCUUUCUGGUGUCGGUGAUUCGUAGAAGAAGGAAGGAUUAGGAUACCGCCACUGAGACGAGUAGACAGGAAGCCAUGGUAGAAACAGCAAGUCAUCAGGGUCCGCCUCCCCAGGUGGCUAGGCCACCCCCUCCGCCACUUGGAGGAACCAGGGGUCCUGUUUUUCCUCCUAAUGAACAGCUGCAUCAGCUUCACUUCUGCAUCCACUCCAACCCUCCUUGGCCACAAGCAAUUAUAUUGGCUUUUCAACACUAUAUUGUGAUGCUUGGAAGUACAGUUUUGAUUGCUAGUACCCUUGUGCCACUCAUGGGUGGGAACAACGGUGACAAAGGUCGCGUGAUCCAGACGUUGCUUUUUAUGGCAGGAGUGAAUACACUGCUUCAAACAUUACUAGGGGCGAGGCUUCCUACUGUGAUGGGUGCAUCAUUCGCAUUCUUCAUACCAGUCAUGUCCAUUGUUAAUGAUUUCGCUGAUAAGACCUUCAAAUCUGAGCAUGAGAGGUUUGUCUACACUAUGAGAGCUAUUCAAGGGUCAUUAAUGGUUUCUUCCAUCAUCAACAUCUUCCUUGGAUAUAGUAGGGUGUGGGGGAACUUGACUAGAUUCUUCAGUCCAGUUAUUCUUGUACCAGUUGUUUGUGUAGUGGGUCUUGGUCUGUUCAUGAGGGGCUUCCCUCAGCUUGCUAAUUGUGUGGAGAUUGGUUUGCCAAUGCUAAUUCUACUGGUUAUUGGUCAGCAGUAUUUGAAGCGGAUUCACCCAAGGGCCCAGCUCAUCCUUGAGAGGUUUGGUUUGCUUUUAUGCGUUGCUAUUAUCUGGGCUUUUGCUGGCAUCCUGACUGUGGCUGGUGCUUACAAAAAUGCCAUGGAGCAGACAAAACGGAGUUGCCGCGUGGAUCAUUCUUACCUUAUAUCAUCUUCUCCAUGGAUCAGAAUUCCAUAUCCAUUUCAGUGGGGUCCUCCUGUAUUUAGAGCAAGCCAUGUCUUCGGGAUGAUGGGAGCUGCACUUGUUACAUCAGCAGAGUCAACUGGAACAUUUUUUGCUGCUGCACGGCUUGCGGGUGCUACACCCCCUCCACCACAUGUGCUCAGUCGAAGCAUUGGUCUGCAGGGAAUUAGCUUGCUGCUUGAUGGGUUAUUUGGGGCUACUGUUGGUACCACUGCAUCUGUUGAAAAUGUGGGCCUCCUUGGACUCACACACAUAGGGAGCAGAAGGGUGGUGCAGAUAUCAACUGCUUUCAUGUUCUUCUUCUCCAUAUUUGGGAAGUUUGGUGCCUUGUUUGCAUCUAUUCCUUUACCAAUAUUUGCUGCCAUAUACUGUGUUCUAUUUGGCAUUGUUGCUGCUACUGGGAUCUCAUUUCUUCAAUUUGCAAACAGUAAUUCCAUGAGAAACCUCUACGUCUUGGGGUUGUCCCUGUUCCUUGGGGUAUCAAUAUCUCAAUAUUUUGUCUCACACACAACCACAGAUGGUCAUGGACCAGUUAAAACAGAUGGAGGAUGGUUCAAUGACAUCCUAAAUACAAUCUUCUCAUCACCUCCAACUGUUGCCAUUAUCGUUGGGACGCUACUUGAUAACACACUUGAUCCAAGACGCUUCCAUGAUGACAGAGGAAUUCAAUGGUUGGUUCCAUUCCAUCACUGGAAGGGCGAUUCAAGGAAUGAGGAGUUUUACAACCUCCCUCUCAGGAUAAAUGAGUACAUGCCCACCAGAUAUCUUUGAAUACAUUUUAGCUGCCUGUAUAGUAGCUAGACUUUUUGUUCAAGUUUCAUGUUUUGUCAUGCAUGAUGAAGGUUUGUUCUAAAUUAUAGACUAAAACUGUGUCCAUGUUUGUGAGUCAACAGAAAAAUUUUCCUUUCUGCUUUACAGAAUCUGAGUGGCAUGUUGACAUGGGCUUGCUGAACAGCCUCUUUAUUGGUCA